GAUUUUGACACUUUGAGACUUAGACUUUCUGCAGGUACAAGACAUGGCGCCAUGGGGCGCCUAGGCAUUGAGAGAUAUAAGUAUGGAAGUGCAUUUCCUUUUGAUUGUUUGUUCUUUCCUCGAACAUUGUUCUUUUCCCUGCUUGAGUAUUGCGUUUUUGCUAUCUGUUUAUCCUGCAUAUCGCCAAAUCUACCUACCUGGGUACAAUACGGAACUUCUGCAUCCCCUCGCAGCUACUUACCCCGCUUAAUAUCCAAAGCGCCCAUCUUAUCAGAAACAACGUCGACAACCAACAACAAACUCUCAAUACAAACCAUACAAUGGCAGCCGGACCCGAAGUCACGUUGAAGGAUCUAGGUGGAGAUUGGGUUAUGAACAAAACCCUCUCCGACGAUACCGACGCCGUCCUUGCUCUACAAGGCAUAGGCUGGUUUACGCGCAAAGCCAUCUCCCUCGCCACCGUCACUCUCCACGUCAAACAAUACAUUGACGAAAACCAAAUUCCACACAUCGACAUUGAUCAAACGGCGACCGGUGGACUCAAAGGUACCUCGGAAUAUCGAACACUCGAUUGGGUAGUUCGCACGCACGAAGAUCAUCUUUUCGGAAAACUCGCGGCGCAAUCCCGUUUUUGUACUCUGGAACAAGUUGCCGAAAUUGAUGAUGAUGCGUUUUUGAGAGACGGAUGGUUAGAGGGAGAGGAGGAAAAUAGUGGUCCUGACGGUCAGAGACAUGUGCAGAAUUCUGCUGUGAAUGAGGAGAAGGGAUGGACGGCACAUCAGGUUUGGGGAUUCGCGAUUAUUGAUGGCAAAAGAUAUUAUACCCGGAGAGUGGUGGUUAAGAAGGGAUCUGAGGUGUUGAAGAUCAGAUUGGUUUAUAAUUUCCAGGGAAAGAAAUAGAUGGGUGAGUUGAAUGACAGAACGAGCCUAGAUAAUCGGAUAGCAGAGGAUGGAAGUGUCAAGGGAUUCUAGGAGUUUUUCAAUUGUUGCCUGGCGUGUUUGCUUGCGCAUACCUAUUAAAUCAAUGUUUUGGGAAUUGCACUGAAAUUGUCUUGAAAGCUAGAUUUAUGAGAUGAAUUUUUGAUACCACUUUGACGACUAUCCAAUAUUCCAAAUCUUGCUCUAUAUACCGUAUACUAUGUACUAUAUAACAUACACACUGCAAAUUCCUCCUCCUCUCCA